AUGAUCAAGAAGUUCAGAAGCCUUGUAGUCUCAAGGCCAAUUUCAGUCUCCAUUGUUGUGGGGAUUGGAGUACUGCUCAUUCCCAGUUUAGCAAUUGGGUUCUGGUAUCAGAAAACCAACCACGUAGAGGACAUGGUGGAAGCCAACUCCAACAACUUCCAUACUGAAAUGAUGUCUCAGAUUGAGCAAGCAGCCAAGCUGCUUCAGCAGUUCAACUCACCUGCCAUUCAUUUGGCUAGCAUGAUUCGUUCUUCUCUUAAUGCAACUAAUAUCUCACUACCUGAUGUCGUCCAAGCCAAGGCAAAUUUCUAUUAUGUGGCUCCUUUGUUGUUCCACGCAUUCGCAACACUACCUUACAUCUCACAGAUUGCAUAUGUUGGAUUGGACGACCCUUUCUUCUCUUACUACUAUGAGGGAAACAAAAGUUCUGCAAUGUACUAUAUGGGCCACACGGUUUAUAAGCAACCAGUUGAUUCAAACACAGGAAAACUAUAUGGAAAUGCUAAGAAAUCCAGCUUCCCAAUUGUAGCCAUCAGGAGGUGGGCUCGGGACGCUUUGCAUAGUAGCAACCAGCAGCAUGCUUUAGUGGGCAGAGGAUGUAACAGCAGUUCUGAAGAUGAAGACCUCAUGUUCAUCACCAUGUUCGGUGUGCAUCGUAAAGCGGCAGUCUUGCUGGGAAUUUCAGCAGAAACUCUCACACAUUUCUUCACUAGCAUUGACCUUCAUGGAGGGAAGCUGCAGUUGGCCACGAGAGAUGGUAAUCAAGUGCUUUUAGAAGGGAUUCCAGAAUCUCAGAUUGUAACCAUGAAUAGCAACUCAAUAUCCAUUGUUGUUGCUGGCAAUAAUGUCACCUGCAUUAUGGGCGGUGGAAUGCUGACUGUACCAUCAGUUGUCAACAUUGGACAACAAGAGUACAAAGUAUAUUGUUCCUCAGUUGAAGUUGUUGGAGUUGAAUCAGUCUAUGCAUUGGCUUUUCCAAAUGACGAGUCACAGGGAAGUGCUGCAGUUUGUAGGGGGAGAAGAUUUGCUUUCGGCCUGUUGAUGAUAAUGAUAGCUACAGUUUUCGUCUCAAUCUUUGGCUUUCUGCUGCUCAUAGCAAGGGCUGAAAUAAGAGAAACUCAACUAUGCGUCGAUCUGGUGCUAGAUCUUUCAGAUGUCUCGAUUCUCAAGUUUGGUCAUGUAAGAGGCGACAGGGAAAAGCUGAAACAGGUGCUAUGGAACUUGGUGAGCAAUGUUGUGAAGUACACUGACGAAGGGCAAAUCGUGGUCCGAGCCAGGGCUCAACAACCAAGUUUGGAGAGCCGGAUCAUAGCUUCGCAUCCAGACGGUUGCUCCAAAUGGGUGUCAAAAUUGAUCAAGUGGAACCUUGUAGAAGAAGGCAAUAACAAGGAAGAUGAUGUGAGUUCAGUGAAGCAGAUGAUUCCUAAUGGGAUGGAGUUUGUUUUUGAGGUUGAUGAUUCUGGUAAAGGAAUUCAUAAAGAUAAGCAGAAAUCGAUCUUUGAAAAUUAUGUUCAAGUGAAAGAAACUUCUAAGGGGCAAGUUGGCACUGGCUUAGGACUUGGCAUCGUUCAAUCUUUGGUGCGACUAAUGGGAGGUGAAAUCGGAAUUGUCGAUAAGAAAGACGAGAAGGGCACUUGCUUCAGGUUCAAUACCAUCCUUACUGUGUAUGAGACUACUAAUUAUCAUACUAAUAACAUAAGAGACAUAGAGACAUCAGAUGAUGAGAGCACAGAAGAUGGUAACCUGAGAAACAAGUACUAUUAUGACACAAGGCUUACCAUAAGAACUUCAGCUGCUGCUCCAGGCUUGGCCAAUUGUAACCCAAGUCCACGCUUGACCAUGUUCGUUCCCAGUCCCCUGGGUGACGAGUCCCAUGUAGUUCUCAUGAUUCAUAAUGAAGCACGACGAGCAGCUUCACAGAAGUUGAUGGAGAAGUUGGGGAUAAAGGUGGGCUCACGGAGUGUGAACUCCAGCAGUGGCAGAUCAAAGGAACUUCCUUUGAGCGCCAUGAAAGACUUGGACGAGAGACCGACUUCUUCUCACAAGGGAAAACCCGUCGGCAGAAUCGGGUCAGGAGGAUUUGUUAUGCUUGUGAUUGAUGUUAGUGCUGGACCGUUCGAUGAACUUCACAAGGUUGUCACAGAGUUUCGAAGAGGGAUUCACAAUUCUAGCUUCAAGGUUGUUUGGAUUGACAAACCCAAUUCAAGAACUGUUAACAAGGACUUGACAGAUCCGAGCGAUUAG